AUGUUGCCUCCAAACAAGGACCAGGUACUGCUACAGAACGCAGUGCCCCCUGGGCAACCCCUUCAGAGCCCCUCACAACUUGUGGACUCCCCUCCCCCCAACCUACAGCCUCUGCAUCCCCAGCAGUCACUCCCUCCCUCCCACCCACCUUGUUCCCCUCCCCUUUGGUCCCACUCUCCCGGCUCCCAUUUCUACUCUUCUGACUCAAAUUCUGACUUUGUCCUACAUCCCUACUCUUCCUCUCUCCCAAGGUCCCCGGCUUUCUUUCAUCACAAUUACCCCUCUCUCUCCCUUCCACGUUCCUCCUCUCCCUCCCCCCGGCUGUACCCCUCUCCUACUCUUAUUCAUUCCUCCUCUCCCUCUCAGCCACAGAACUCCUGUCUUCCCCACUCACAUUGCCAGUCUCCUUCUCACCCAGAAGACCUACCUAGCCCCAGCCAACCCUCUUGUGGGGUCCACUCUAACAGGCAGACAUGGCACUGGCAUCAGUACAGGGACACCGGGUCCCCUGGGGUGGUGGGGGGAUGUGUGGCAAGCGAGAGGGACCCUGCAGAGUUCAGGGACCCAGGAGCCCUGGCCCAGGCCCUGGUGGUACAUCUGGGGCACCGCCGCAUAGCACACGACCUGCGGCUACUGCUUUUGCAGCGCCUGUGGCUAGGCAGAACCGGCCAGCCUCCAGUCGUGGAGUAUCCUAUAUGCCUAGAGUGUCUCCGGCCCCGCGGCCCGUCUUGCCCCAUCCCCAGGUACGGGACUGGACCCCAGCUGCUUGCCUUCCCCCAACUACUGCCCUGUGCUCAGGGCCAGGAAUCCGAACCAUUUCGCAUGGGCAUCGGCUUUGGCCUCCGCCUGCCUCGGGGCCAGGCCAGGGCCUUGCAUCUGUUGCCAGAAAGAAGGCGGGAGGAAGUAGGGCCUCAGGGCGAGGCUGCUCAGGCCCAUGGGUCUCAAGCCCCAGAGGCUCGAACCCCAGCAGCUCAGGCCCAGGCAGAUCCAGCCCGAGGCAUACCCUCCCAGACCGGGAGCCUCAGGUCUGCAGGCCCUCAGUCACCAAACCCCAUACCCUGUUCAGGGCCUCCACCUCAGGCACCAAAACAGGCCCCUAUCUCCCUGAGGCCCAGGCCUUCCUCUGCCCUAAAGAGGCCUGCCUCUCUAGAGCCCAUUCCCCAAAAGUCAUCACCCCAGUUCCAGAGCCACGGAGGCCCCCUGGAGCACCUCCUCCAAACCCCACAGUCCCCACCAGGCCCCAGACCUCAGGGAACCCCCGAGACACCCUGAAGGGCUGGCUGGCUGGAGGUCAGGUGUG